CUCCGAAAGCUCACCUUCAAAAUCGUGCACUCGACGACAAAACUGUUGCCCACGUGGAAGGAGCUCUUGGCGGAGCUGGGGCAACCGGUCGUGUUGAUCCCUCGAGACGUCCGGACACGGUGGAAUUCGACAUUUGACAUGCUGGACAGUUGCCUGAAGCACCAGAAAGCCCUCACCCAGCUGUGUAGCGACAAGAGUAACGGGCUGCGCAGCUUUGAGGUAUCGGAGAGAGAGUGGGAGAUUGCGAGGCAGCUGCGUAACAUGCUUAAGGAUGCUACGACCUUCUUUUCUAAGCAAACGCCCAACCUCGCCUCUGUUAUCCCCGCCAUGGACCACAUCGACGCUCAUCUGACGACAGCAUCUCACGACGAGCAGGCCUUCGACUCCGCCCUCCGCAUAUCUGCCGGCUUGGCCCAGCGCACGUUAAACAAGUACUAUUCCUUCACCGACGACUCGACUACGUACCGCAUUGCUAUGAGUAAG